AUGACGUCUUGCGAGCGCCAGGGAAACUUCCCCGUAAAACCAGGUUCAGGACGCACCGACGGCACAGGUAGGAGCAUGGAGGGUGAUGCAGAGGUUGUCGGCGACUGUUCGACGGUGACGGCGUCGAUGUCCAGGGGAGAGGCGACCUGCGGCGUUGGCGGCAACGGCGUCGCAGGUGGCCAGCGCAGCAUACAGUGUGGACGAUACGGUGCUCUGCAAACGCCGGCGCGCGCUCGGAGUCAGAGCGAGAGGGGCAGCAGCGGCAACCCGGCGGACAGCGGGUCCGGCGGCUGCGGUCGCACUGACCGCACUCCGUGCCGCGCGGGCAGCGAGCAGCGAGGGGCGCGCCGGCCCGACACUAAUGAGACGAGAGCCGGCCGGCUGUCAGUUGUUUCGCGAUCGGCGGCGCCGGCGCCACGUCACGUCGCGCGAUGCUCAUUAGCCGGGCAGAGUCGCGGCGAGGCGCGGGAGGGCGCAACUCUCCGGGCGCGCGCGGCCCCUGUUGGAAAGUUGCGACGUGCCUGCUCACCGCUCACCGCCCAGCGCCCGCUGCGUGUCUGCGGCGGCUGCGGCUGCGGUCGAGCUGACGGCAGGCUCGCCGGCACUGGCGCUGCAGCCCGACGAGAAAAACUCACCCCUCCGUGUCAGCGCGCAAUAGAAACUCGGCAGCUGCAACUAGGCAGGGAAAUUAAAGCCGCUGUAGCCUCGCAGCCCGGCGCGCGGAAAAAGGCUACACGGUUCCGGCAGUACAGUAGCGGCAACGGCGGCAGCAGCGGCGGCGGCGGCGGCGGCGGCGGCGGCAGGCAGGGGCCGUGGUGCGGGGAGCAGCGCCGAAACAACUUCGCGGAACACGGGCCGCCGCGCGACCUGCUCCGCUGCCGCGUAACGAGCCGCUGUGCCGAGAGAGACAAAGCAGAGGGCACAGCCAUACGGCAGCAGUAA